AGCUCGGAGGGUCUGGCCGCUGCAGGGACAGACGGCGGCGGUUUUGGUGGGUGGUGGGGGCCGGGCUUUGGACCGAGCGGGGCCGGGGGUUCGCCGGAGACCCUGCCUCUCGCCAUGAACUCGCUGGAACAGGCAGAAGAUCUCAAGGCUUUUGAAAGAAGGCUUACUGAAUAUAUAGCUUGUUUACAACCAGCGACUGGACGCUGGAGAAUAAUUCUUAUAGUGGUAUCAGUUUGUACAGCUACUGGUGCAUGGAACUGGCUAAUAGAUCCUGAAACGCAGAAGGUUUCUUUUUUCACAUCUCUGUGGAAUCACCCAUUCUUCACAAUCAGCUGUAUUACACUGAUUGGCUUAUUUUUUGCUGGAAUACACAAAAGAGUGGUGGCACCUUCAAUCAUAGCAGCUCGAUGCCGUACGGUCUUGGCAGAAUACAACAUGUCUUGUGAUGACACUGGAAAAUUAAUAUUGAAACCCCGGCUUCACGUCCAGUAACCCACAGUCUUCCUUCAACAAUCUCCAUUGCCAUGCAAACAUUUACAAAAGGACUUUUCUUCAAUAAACUGAAGACUGUGGGAUGUAUCUCCAUGGAGGCAUCUUAAAAAUCGAUGGUGGAAGCAGGAAAUACCUGGCCCAUUUAUUCAGAACCUUUUUGCCUUGUCUGUGCUAUCCUUUCACUCCUACCUUUCGAGUAUUAGCAUUCUUUCCACCCCACCAACCAGGUGGUUGCCUCUAUGCAGAAUAUGACCCUCAUUUGUUUUUAUAACAUGCAAAUCACUGUAAAUAGAAAACGGAACCAGUAUUUUAAGAGGUACUUAAAUUUGCCAUUCUCGUUGCUUUUUUACUUCUGCAAUUAUUUAACAACAGUGACUCCCAGCUCUUUUAUACCUGUGAAUUUAAUCUUUGUGACGUAAGAUGCAUUGCCCUUGUUUCCACAAAGUGAUGAUGAAGCAGAACUCCUGGCUCACAUUAUUCUCCUGGAUCGCUCACCCUUGGCUUCUCCCGUCACCGUGAGCUUCAGUUUCCUGGAGGAAAAAACAUAGUUUGUGUCUCAACGGGAUCACCAGGCUUGUUACUUCCUUGCGAAACCCCCAAGUUUCAGCCUGGUUUAUGGUUGAUAGCUUGUUUUGGAAUGACAAGCCAGGGUUGGGCUAGGAGGAUGCAAGGCUAAACUUUUUCUUGCCGGCGAGUUCCUGAUAAUGACAGGAGCAAACCAAGGGGGAGUGUUGAGCAUCAUCCACAAACACCUCAAGUAGUGAAUAAACCAUGAGUUCGAAUUCUGCCUUAUCACAUUUUGUCCUAAUGCAGCUGAUAAUGCCAGUUUCCGGCAUUAAUUUUAGUUUGUCUAGUUUCACCUACAGUAGUUCUGGUGUAGAUAAGAAUGAUGUAUUGUUUUUGAAAUUUACACUGGAGCAGUUUUUAACCACAAAGCUAGUAUUGCUGAAUUUCAAAUUAUUUGAUCAAAAGAAGUGCCACAAAUAUAAAAAUAAUUCAGUUGAUUGGUUGGGGGGGGGGGAAUCCUUUUGGGCAGAGGCUGAAUGACAAUCUGAAUCUACUCGUUACAUAAAAGUGUUAACAGUGAAAAUAGCAGCCACUAUAGCAUGACUUUGAAAGAGCAAUUUAAUUUUAAAUCCUAGACGUGCCUUUUUUUAAAAAAAAUGCUCUUUAAAUUAUUUUAGAAAGAAUAUAAAAACUGUGAGACCAUAACCCCAACUGUUGUGUACAGAAUAUCACACUUCAAGAAUCCAUAGGACAAUUGUGUCUCAAAUGUUCUGGCAACCAAAAAUUACACUUGCAUCAAUAAUGAAUUUUAAUUUGAUCACAGCAAUAAAAUUCCUGUGCUCUCCCAGUCUUCUAUGCAUCUCUUGCUCCUUCUCCUUUGUCUUCAGAUGAUAAACAUUUUUGUAGCAAUUGUGUAUUGAAUAAAUAUUUUAUUUAUAAUUCUU